AUGACUCUUUCAAAAGUUCCAGUGCUUCUGGGGAUGCCUAAAGAAAUAAUAAUGGGAGUAUGUUAUUUUUUAAACCCAAAAGAUACAAUUAGCCUGAGUUUAACAUGCAAUUCUGCGUAUUUGAUAAUACACAAUAAUCCAAUAAUUUGGAGAUUUUACUGCCAUAAAUUUGGUUUUGUACAAAGUAAGAAGGGGAAAAAAUGGUGUUUGGAGAAAAUACAUGAAGUUUCAGGAAAUGAGAGGAAGGAUUUAGAUUACUAUUGGUUUGAAAAAGAGAGGAUGGGUAAGAUAAGUAAUAUAAACAGUAAGAGAAAUACAAACAUACCCAAGGAAGAAGUUGAAGCAUAUUCAAUAGAGUUUGGUGAAGAUGAAAACUAUCUCAAGAUCUUAGAAUACAAUUGGUGGAAUGAAGGAGAUUCUGGAAUAAUAAUAAAUCAUGGAAAAAAGCCAGUGCCAGAUUUGGAUAAUAGUGAAUUGGAGAAUAUAAGAUUAGACAUUUCACUUGCAACAGAAUUAGUAAACUGGAGAUUAGUUUUUUAUAUGAACAUACUAAAUGAAGACCCAAAUCAUAUUUUCUGGUUAAGAAUUGGGACUAGUAUAGAUAUAAUGACUCCAAUAACUUCAGUUAAGAUUGAUCCAAAGAUAUACAAAGAUAUGGACGAUGCAGUAAUUAGUAAAAUAUUUGAUUUUUCCAAAAAAAUCAAAUAUUUGUCAACUUUACAUACAUGUAGACAUUUUAUCCGACUUCCAUGCCCAAUAAGGAUUCGAGAAAUUUUGAUAGGAGGAAGAAUUGGUAACAUUAUUAGUUCAGAGCCAAAUUCACACGGGAGAUAUCUUCUUGAGUUACCGAAAGAACUUGUUCAUAUGGUAGACAUUAAUGUUAAACCAAAUCCUAAAUAUGAUGAAGAAGAUUACAUUGGAACUAAAAAACUACAACUCCCAAUAAACAUUCACAGAAAGUCCUUUAUUGGGGGAUCUCCAAAAAUUGGAGCUCAAUCCAAGGCAGAAGGAAGUGAUAUAAGUGUAUUAGAGGGAGAAGAACAAGAACAAGGAGAGGAGGAUAGUGAAGUAAUGUACAAAAUAACUUCAAGUUCAAUAGAGUUUGUUAAUAUAGCGAAUGCAUUUAUAUCCUAUGCUAGUAACCCAAACUGGACAACUUCCUUGACUCCAAGGUCAAUUUCAGCUUUCAGAAAAAUGGAAUUUCCAACCAGCCACGGUAAUCAGUUUUUUUCUGAAGUAUUGAGCCAAAUACAUAAAGUUGAAAAGGGUGUCAAAGAAGGAAUAAAAUUUGGAGCUAUUAAUGACUACUACUCAAAUACAAAUUUGACCCACAGCCCAGUAAACUGUACAACCCCAUGUUCAGUAAUAAACAGGACAUGCAAUUUGGAGUUUCAAAAUAUAAGGCAAUACUUCAAGAUGUUAUGCUCUAAUUCGAUUAUAUUUAAUAUGUUUGCAACCAGUGUUAACUUACAGGAUUCAGCAUUUGAGGGUGACCAAAGCUACUCAUGUUGGUGUGAACACCCUAAGAGUCUGUUGGGAUGUACUUGGUAUUAUAAUCCCACUAAGUCCAGUCUAAAUGAUAUAAAAAAUUUCAAUUCAGGUUUAUUUUUCUCUAUGGAAAAUUCUUCAACAAUAAAUACUAAGUUGCCACGAAAUAUUUGUUCCAAAGCUAAUUUAGAGUUAAUAUUAACUAUAAUUCAGAAUAGUCACAGCUUAGAGAGACACCUAAAUAGAAAAUUUAUAUCUUUAAAUAGAGAAGAAAUGUGCCUGGCUGAUUUGAUUUAUUUAAUAAAAUCAAGCUUGAAUGGAAUUAUAAAUGAUUGUGUUAAAGAUGAACUUAGCUACAAUAUCUUCAUAUUAAGAGGUAUAGGGUGGAGGAAGCUGAAUGAUUAUGAAAAUGAUGAGAUUGAAGAAAAUACUAAAACAUUAUUAUUGGAAAAGGAGAUAGAAAAAAGAAUUUAUGGCGAGAGUUUAACAAAAAACGAAAAGGUUUUGAGUAAAUUGAAAGUUUAUUCAGGAGAUCUACUUGGUAAUUUAGUAAAGAAUUUCUUUUUUAUGAGUGGUGAGAAGAUUGAAGUAGAAAUAAAACAAAUAGAAGCAGAAGAAAUUUAUGAGGAUCUUAAAGAACAGUAUAAAAUUCAUAAAGAAUUUGUGAUCCCCGUUACCUGGUCUUCAGACGGCCUGACACUGUCAAAAAUCAGCUUCUUACCAAUAAAGAUGGAAGGAGGGGAACAAGGCUUUGUAUUAAAUGGUAGUAUUGGUAGCUCAAAUAACUUAGGAGAGUAUCCAUACGGAAUCCAAAAGACAUUUUCAGGAAUUUCAAAUAUGUCAACAAUGCCUUCAUUUUCAUCAUUUUCAUCUUUAGAAGGCCAUAUGUUAAAUUCUGUAAUAAAAUUUUCAAAGUGUAAAAUAAUCACUUUGCAUAGAGAAUCAAAUAGAUUUAGAGAGCACAGAGAUCACUCAAAUGAUAUUUCAGUACACAAUUCAGAAUCUAAAAAUAGCUUUUGUUUGAAAAGCUUAAUAAAAAACACAAACGAAAUUUACAAAGAUCUAAUAGCAGGGAAAUUCUAUGUUGAUCAUAUAUCAAGAUUCCCAAGCUUUAAUUCACUACCAAUUCACAACACUUUAUAUUUUAAUUCUUCAAAUUCAGAAAAUGUUAGAGGUGAUAAAAGUUUUAAAGAAGAACACUUAAUUAAAAAUCAAUAUAAAUUCACGCUACUAGAAAGUUCGAAGGAUACUAGACAGUUUGAAUUUCACUCAGAUAGAUCCGAUCUUAUCUUAAUUGGAACUUCUUUAGGAAAAAUUAAAUUGAUUGACAGGUAUAACGAUGUUAUUUUGGGUGAAAAAGGAAUCUCACUGAGCCCUAUUAUUGGUUUAUCUUGGUUUAAUUACCACCCACAAACAUUCGUAGCAGGAAGUUGUUUAUUAGGGACAAUUUCAAUUUUAAGUUAUAAAGAAAAUCCAUUUUACCAGCCAAUAGAUUGUUUUCAAGACCAGGAUAACAAGCAUCAAGGGAAUAGAAAAGCUGAUCAGGAUAAACAAGAUGACAAAUUUCCUUAUUUAAUUAACACAGAAAACAAGAGUAAAUCAUUUCCACAAUUAAGUUCAAUUUCGGUUAAUGCUACAGAUGAUUAUUACUUAGCGAGUGGGUUUGGAAAAUCUGUUGGUUUGUAUAAUACACAUACUGGAUCUCAAAUAAAAAUACUACCGAGUAUGCAUAUGUCACAUAUUAACAUUGUAAGAUUUGCAAAUUAUCAUCCACAUAUAUUUUCUACAGCAUCUUUUGAUUCAAGCUGUAAACUAUGGGAUUUAAGACAGAAGAUUUAUGGAAAUGACCCCAUUAUAAAGUUUGAAUUACCAUGUAUGGCAAUUAUGUCAUGUUUUUCUCCAAAGAAUGACCUCAAAAUGGUCGUAAGCGGAGUAGAUGAUUAUCUUAAACAGCUGGAUUUGAGGUUCAAAGAAACCAUUAAUGGCAAUGGAUGCAGAAACUUCACUAUUCCUACUCUGAGGGACUCACAAAGCUAUAGAAGGUCAGUUUACAAUUCUAAUGGAGAUUUUGUUCUAUCCAUAAACACCAAGGACAAAUAUGUUCGAAUUUUUGAUUCUGAAAAUCUUUCUUCAAAAUUUAAUUUUGGGUAUUUUCACAUUUUGAAUGCUCAUCAGGAAGUAUCAAAAAGAAAAUCUUCUAAUUACUCUUCUCAGGUAAUUCACACAUUAAAUGAAAGUGCAAAAUUUAACCCAUAUCUUGAGAGAGAAACCUCAGAACCGAUAAAUUCCGGAAACUCAAGACGAAUAGCUAAUACGGAGGAAGGAAGAGUAUUAGAAGAAGAGUUUACAAGGAUUGGUCAAACCACAAACAGUGAGCAAGGCAAUGAACCAGGUAGUGAAAAAAAGGAUUAUAGCUUGCUUUCAGUAAGGGGGCAUCCAAUAUAUGCAGAUAUUGGAGGUUUUUUAAUCUCAGAGUCAACAGGAAACUCAAAGCUCGCGCUUCUAAAGUUUGGAAAGGUUCUUAAAGGAUAA